AAUGAGGUAAAACAGAGAUACAGCGAUACUGGAUAUCGAUACACUUUACAGACGUAACUAGCUACUGAAUUGACUAAUGAAUGGAUAUAUGUGGACAGCCAAAUCUUGGCUAAGCAGCUAUCUUUAUACUAGCCCUUGAUCAUGAAUCUCAGUUUCAUUACAUUACACAUAACAGUCAUUGGACGAAGGUGUCUUCUGUAUGCGUAGUUUUGUUAAGCAUCCCUGACGGUCAAUCUGAACAUACAUACGUGUCAUUGUGUUAAGGUUUUGGAAACAUAAGUACCUUAUCUUUCAUAGCUGGAAAUAUUAAGUUGAUACACACCAUGAUAGGGUUAGUGUUCCCACAUGGCCAUACUUCCAUGUUACAGGGCGUGGUUACAGAUAACAGAGGGAUGACAAGAGGCGACCACCUGAGAUAAUUAGCUAUCUUGUGCACUCCGAACACCUGUGUUUAAGCAUCAUUUGAGAAGUGAGCAGAACUGUAGUUUCAUUGCAUGGAGGCACCCAUAGCUGUAAGGAUCUAUGCAAAGCUGCUACACUAUCCUCUGUGCAGGCCUUUGUACACACCAGUGAGCUGCUUCGACCACACCCUGGUCCAAGCAGGCUCUUGUCCCACACCCUGGUCCAAGCAGGCCCAGCCUUCAGCCUCAGCCCCAGACCUCCAGCCAGCUACAAGGCCUGGUCAGGGAGCCAAACAUCCAGCCCCGGACGUCCAGCCAGCUGCAAGGCCUGGUCAGGGAGCCAAACCCCCAGGCCCCAGCCCCAGACGUCCAGCAAGCUGCAAGACCUGGUCAGGGAGCCAAACCUCCAGACCCAGAUGUCCAGCCAGCUGCAAGGCCUGGUCAGGGAGCCAUACCCCCAGGUCCCAGCCCCAGACAUCCAGCAAGCUGCAAGGCCUGGUCAGGGAGCCAAACCUCCAGACCCAGACGUCCAGCCAGCUACAAGGCCUGGUCAGGGAGCCAAACAUCUAGGCCCCAGCCCCAGACGUCCAGCCAGCUGAAAUGCCCCAGAGCUGAGCAGAGAAUCAGGUUAGAGGUCGAGAUGGAGGGAAUCUAGACUGGCAGUUUGUGUUGAGAUGAUAUUGGUAAACAAUAAACAGUGGGAUGGGACUGAUACACACACACACACAGAAAGAGAGAGGGAGCGAGAGAGAGAGAUGGAAGGAGAUGUGUAGAUGUGUAGACAAUAAGUUGAUUAUGGAGGAGACAUGGAGUUGGCGAGACAUGUUGUUGAUAUGGGGUGGUUGAAUAGUUUUGACCCAGUACUGGACUUGACAAGAGUUCCAGAUGACUCACAUAGUAUGGGGCUCGCAUACAGCCAACUGUCAUGGUGAUGACAACUGGUUAAAUGGGCUGCCACAGGCUUCAUCAAGCUUCCUACAGAACCUAGAUUGGAAUCAGAGAAGCACAUGGACAGAGGAAUAAACCCUCACACAACACUUCUCAAAUACAAAUGCACCAGUUGCCUCCUACAUGGCCCCAUAAUAUGGACUCAAAAUCAAAUUCUUAAUCAACUUAUUUUUAACCAUUGCACAUUGCUAUUGUUUUAUUCAUUACUGGUUUAAUAUAUUUAACUGUGGGUCUGGCGGCUUCGCUGUCUCUCAUCUCAGCCUUGUCCCAGAGUGGAGCUCACAUCUGGUUGUAAUCAGGAGAGAGAGAGAGAGAGAGAGAGAGAGAGAGAAUGCAUGCCCAUUAGUAGUCCAUGAUUUGGCAGUAGUCUUCACGUACAACGGUACCCCAUCCAUCUCUCCACUGGAGUUAUACAGAACAUAGCCUCCUAGAAGGCCUUUUCUCCAACCCAUUCUUCCCACCCUUAUUACCCAAUUUAAUUAGAUUCUAAACGAGGGGAACAAAAUGAACAGGAGUCAUGGAUUUGGGUUAUUGGCAGCCUCGGGGAUAAGGAGACCCUGCUGAGAGCAGAGAAUAUACAUUUAUGGGCUAAAAACGCCUAACGUCAGACACUACAGGGUUAAUUUAAUUAGAAAGGGCAAUGGCUGGUGUUCUGUGGAUAUGAAGAACAAAAUGAGUCAUUAUUCGAACUAAAUCCCUGUUAUAAUCUCUCCCUAAU